UUGCGAAGUAAUUUCAAUUUAUCAAUUUUACAUUUCAUUUUGUAAUUUUAACUCAGGAGCAAUAUCAACUUUAAAUAUACAAGAAUUCCUAUUCUAUUUAACGAGAUAUAUUUAUGUAGGCUAACAUAAACCGUUCAAUUACAAUCUAUCUUUUUUAAAUUCAAGAUUUUAAUUGCUUCUCGCGCGAUAAAAGAAAGUGCCUGUCACAGAGACGAGAUUUUAGUUCUUCCAUAUUAUCUUACAAUCACUAUCAAAAAUAUGAGUGACAACGUCAAAGGAACGAAAAGUGAGAUUGAAAAUACAGAAUUAAAUGAAUUGCUUGACAGUGCUUUAGCGGAUUUCGAGAAACUCUCUGUGCCAAGUACUGAACAGGACAAUGCUGCAACCACAUCAGAUUCACAGAAGCAAACAGAUAAAUGUGAGAUAUCUGAAAAAACUGAAAAGGACUGGACAGAAGACUUUUUUAGACAAACAAUAGAUCAAAUGGACAAAAAUUUGCAGAACUUUGCAGAAACUCUGAAAAAUGGUGAUGAUGAAUUGAAUGAACUUAAGUCUGUUCUUCAAAAACUUGAGCAAACGUCAACUGGUAAUGCAGCAGAUGGAGAAGACAAUAUUAGUGUAGAAUUUGAGUCUGCUAUCUCGCAAGUUAUAAAGUCUCUGUCUGUACCAAGUGAUAAUUUGCAGGGUGAUGCAGAUUCCUUAGUAGCUAUGCUUGGGCAAACAUCUCUAGAUGGUGAUGGCGGUGACAUAUUAAAUUUUGUGCAAGGAAUGAUGCAACAACUUUUAUCAAAAGAAAUACUUUAUCCAACAUUAAAAGAAGUAUCAGAUAAGUAUCCGGCUUGGUUGGAAGAACACAAAGCGACUCUGAGCUCCUCAGAUCUACAAAAAUAUACAAGGCAAUUUGAAUUGCUGCAGAAGGUGUGCUCUGAGCUGGAAAAGGAAAAAGAAGACGAUUCCAAAGAUGUUAAACAACGUCGUUUCGAAGUCAUAAUGUCACUUAUGCAAGAAAUGGAGAAAUUUGGUCGCUUACCACCCGAAUUAGCAUCGACGGUCGUUCCAGAUUCUAAGGGAAGUUUUUUAGACGAGAUUAGUUCAGUGUUGUGCGGGAAUGUAUAAUUUUAAGCAAAUAUAGUUGUGUGUUAUCUGAGAACAUCAUUGUUUCAACAGUUUUUAUAAUUUUAUUUUGGCGAGAAUGCCGAGAGUAUAUUUAAUUGUUACUUUGUGAUGGAUUAGACUUCUCUAUUUGGGCUUUUACAAAACGUAUGCAAAUAUCACUAAUCGAUAUUGGAUUGUCCUUUUCCAAACUCAAUUUGUUUUCAGUGAGUUUGGUUGCAUGUAACUUAAGUUAAUUUUGACAUUAAAUUUCAAGUAAAAGAAAAAAAGAUUAAUCAUGUAAGAAAUAUAAUUGGUGCAAUGAAAAUUUACUAUGCUAUAUCCAUCAAUCUUCUAAACGAAUUACUCGUUUCGAUGUAGGUAAUGGUUAUAGGUGAUAAAUAUGGCUAUUCAGACAUAAUUGGUUGGAAAUACUUUAUAAUAUAAUCACAUGUACGCGUCUUGGAAUAUAAUAAAAUAACAUACUUACAA